UUUGUAUUAUUUUACCUUUAUUUUUCCAGGAGACAAUUCCAGAUCAGGUUGAUGGAGGCAGUAUGAGUACAGAAAAGAAAAAGAGUGGGAAAUUCAAUGAAAAACAUAAUUCCUUUGACAGGGAAAGAAAAAGGAUAUCUGUACCCAUAAUGCCAUCAACGGUACCUGUUCCAGACCCCCCAAAAAAUCAUAUUCUUAUUUCCAUUGGCCCUCCACGUCAUCGUCCAUCUGUUUCCAGUGAGUCCCAGUACCAGGGUCUUUCACGAGAAGAUGACUCUACCAACAGGGAUGUAUGGAGAAGGGAACCCAUGCACUGUUACACAUCGACUAGUGAGGGUGGCGUUUCCAAACAAACAACGGAUGACAUGCAAAGCAAGUUACAUGAGAUCUCCCCACUGCGUGCAAAAGAUCAAGGUAGGAGCUAUCCUCCGGGUCAAAGAGUCGACUGUAAACCAGAUCAGAUGAGUUUCACAACCUUCAAGCCCCUGUCAGAGAUCUCUAGAAGAGCAUCCAGACUAAGGGAAGGACGUUCAUCAAGCUGGGAUUCUGAUGGGUCAUCGAGGACCGAUGGACCCCCAAACAGGUCCUCAGGUGCGAAUUCACCCACUGUUGAUAGAUCCUACUGGAGUGAAGCUGGCGCAUUACAUGCAGAUAACAAGGAGAAUUUACAGGCACACUCAUUUGCAACUCAAAGCUUCAUCUCUGAUGUUGAGCACAUAAAACAACACAUUUCUCGGGAGAACAUAAGCUUUGUUCGCUUUGAGGCCACUGAUCUUCAUGGCGUAUCUCGAUCCAAAACAGUUCCAGCUCGGUUCUUUCAUGAAAAGACUGUAUAUGGCAUUCCAAUGCCAAGAAGCUACCUAGAGCUAACCCUUAGUCCCCGAAUGAAUGAGGUUGAUCAUCCAAGUACAGUCAACUUCAGCAGUGAUAUUCUUCUGGUGCCAGAUCUCUCCACAUUUCAAAUCCUACCUUGGGCAGACCAGACAGCUCGUCUUAUCUGUGACCCCUGCACAAUCACAGGCGUGCCACUACGAACGUCACCUCGCCUUAUUGCCAAGCAGAUGCUCGGUCAGCUCCAGAGCAUGGGAUUCUCACUUCACUCCUCCUUCACAUAUGAAUGCAGCAUUUUCGGGGCCCCGGAGAGAGUCGGACCCAAAUCCGUGUUCUUCCCAGCCACUACUCUUUUAAGCACCUAUGAUCUGCCUUUUCUACAGCAGCUAGUCAGGGGGAUGUACGACAUGGGCGUUGACGUUGAGAGCUUCUCAUCUGCGAACGGACCAGGACAGAUCGAGGUUUCCUUUAAGCCCAAGUUCGGGAUUGAGGCUGCUGACAGCGCCUUCACCUUCCGCACCGGAAUUAAAGAGAUGGCCAGGAAGUACGACUACAUCGCUACCUUUUUUACAGAUGAAGACAUUCAUAAUUCCGCAUUGCUGUCCCAUAGCCUUCGGGAUGCUGGUGGCAGAAGAUGUCUCUUUCACUCUGGCAAUGGAGAACUUUCGGAGAUCGGCAAGAAGUGGCUCUCCGGUCUUCUCCAUCACUCGGCGGCUCUAAGCUGCCUGUUGGCUCCGGGGAUCGCUUGUCGAAAUCAGCUUGCCAAAGCCAAAAAAGAUUCCAAGCACCAGCUUUACGCCACAUGCGGCUGCAACGACAACAGCUGUGCCUUCAACGUAAAGGUUCACGGUGGACGGGAGACGCAUAUCGAUAACAAGCUGGGUUCAGCAAUGGGCAACCCUUACGUAGUGCUGGCGGCCACAGUAGCAGCUGGACUGGAUGGUAUUAGGCGCAAUCUCAGUGUCGACCACAUCCUAAACCGAGCUUCUUGUCAACAGAAACAAUUCCCUAUUCCCGUUAAACUGGAAGAUGCUUUAGUGGCUUUGGCAGAUGACAGUGUGAUCCGUGGCGCAUUGGGAGAACCCUUCGUGCAGUACUUUAUUGCCAUGAAACGCAUAGAGAUCGAGACUGAAGAGCAGGAUGCUGACAGGAACAAAGGACUUGAGUAUUUUAUUUAAAGAAAUACUUUAAGACAUUACUUAAUUUGGCGGAUUAUUUUGUGUGUUAGAAACAGAAUAUUGCAUUUCUUCUCUCUGGAGAACAAAUAAUACAUCUUGCAA